AUGAAAUUUUACAAUCAACAAUAUUUUCAUUUUUUAACAUUUUGGACAUUUUUUUAUAAUUUAUAUGACAUAAAUGCACAAUGUGCGGGUGGAAUUUGGACUGUCCAAGAUAGUACAAUUGGCAAUUUUAGCAUAUCAUGGCAAUAUAAUCUUGCAACAAACACUGUACAAUUUAUUUUAAAAGGUCAAGCAAUAACUAAUGUCAAUUUAUCAUCAACUUACAUAGCACUGGGCUGGUCAGAUACAGCUCCCACUAUGGAUAAAAUGGAUGUAGCAAUAUUCUAUCCUGGUACACAGACAGUUGAAGACAGAUUUUCACGUGGAUUUGUUGUACCUACUGUUGAUACGCAACAAGAUUUUUGUGUUAUACGUACAAAUUUAUCAAACAAUAAUGUCUAUGUUGCAUUUGAACGUUUUAUAAUGACGGGUGAUCCAAAUGAUAUUGGAUAUAGUUUAAACGUUUAUUUGAUGUUUUCAAUGGGAUUAUAUACCAGAAAUGGGAGUAGUUUCAAUAUUCAACAUCAUUUUUUCAGAAUACCACGACAAACAAUGAUAAGCUUAAUUAAUUGUAUAGCAGGGAGUUGCUUAACAACAUCAUGUAAUAAUUCUUGCUCAUGUUUACAAGAUAUCGUAACAAACGUCUCAAAGUGCGAGUGUUUUCCACCAUCUUCUUGCAUAUCUGGUAGUACUAUCACAACAAGACCCACUUUUACCGCUCCGUUAACAUCUACAAUGAUGAAUAAUACAAUUACUAAUUCUUCUACUACGACAACAAUAUCAACUCUACUGACGACUCAAGCAUCAAUUAUUACAAUCAUUAACGCAACUUCGAUAAAUUCUAAUCCAGGCACGUGCCAAAGUAAUCCAUGUUUAGCAAGCGGUAUCUGUUUACAAAUAUCAGUAAAUGAAUUUGUUUGCCGUUGUAUAAAUAAUUCUUCGGGUAAUUUUUGUCAAAUACCUCCAACGUUAAGUUCGAAUUCGACACUAUGUCCAUGUCUUAACGGUGGCAUUUGUUUAUCAUCAACUAAUGCAACUAAUAAUGGUAGUACGACUUGUGCAUGCUCAAAUCAAUUUCUUGGUCAAUAUUGUCAACUCGCUAAUCCAUGUCUCGGUUAUUGUCGUAAUAAUGGAGCAUGUUCUGUAGUCUGUUCCGAAACAUCAUGUAAUACACCAAACUGUACAUGUUUAGCAGGCUUUUCUGGAAUAACAUGUGCUCUUGGAAUGAAUGCUUGUUAUUCGAAUCCUUGUAAGAAUGGUGGUCAAUGUGUUAACUCAUCAACUGGUACCUAUCAAUGUCAAUGUCUUUCCCCCUAUGCUGGCACGAAUUGCGAUACUUUGAUUAAUGUUUGUACGCCAAAUCCUUGUAAGAAUAAUGGUACAUGUGUAACAGGCGCGAACAUUCAAGAUAGACCAUAUCGGUGUGAUUGCAUUAACGGAUUUGCCGGAAGCAUAUGUGAAUAUGGUAGUGCAUGUAAUUCAAAUCUCUGUCGGAAUAACGGUAUGUGUGUUCCAGAUACAACAAAUUGUGUUGGUACAUUCUGUGGUGCUGCAUGUGUUUGUCUGUCUGGUACGACUGGUCCCUUCUGUGAAAUUCAAAAUUCAACAUGCUCCAGUCAACCUUGCCUAAAUGGAGGCGUUUGUAUCAGCACUGGAAGUGGAUAUCAAUGUCAAUGUAAUUCAUUAACAACAGGCGUUAGAUGUGAAACAACAAUCCAGUCUAGUUGUUCAUCAAAUAAUCCUUGUUUUAAUGGGGGAACAUGUUAUCUAGACGCUGUGACAAAUGCUUUAAAAUGUAUUUGUUCUCAAAGUUAUACGGGACAAUACUGUCAAUCUUCCGUUUCCUCGAAUGUAUGUUUGAGCAAUCCAUGUUCAAACAAUGGGACAUGUGUUUCCAAUCGAAAUAUAUUUUUUUGUAUUUGUCCAGCGGGCUUUGGUGGUGUUACCUGCCAAAGCGGGUUGAUACCUUGCACCUUAUCACCAUGUCGUUAUUUGUCAACGUGUCAACAACUGAAUACAAAUCCACUGUCAUUUACCUGCUUAUGUCCCGAUUUUCUCACUGGUGACCGGUGUCAGUAUCCAAACAAAUGUCACACAAAUCCAUGUUUCAACCAGGGCACGUGCAUCCCACUCGGACCCCAAAAUAGUUUCGUGUGUAUUUGUCCGCCUGGUUUUGCUCAUUAUGAUUGUUCGGUUUAUCUUGGCAAUUGUACAUCCAAUGCUUGUAUUAACGGUGGUUUGUGUGAUUAUAGUUCAACAUCAACGAAAUGCUCGUGCCUAUCGGGCUUCUCUGGUCCUCGAUGUGAAUGGAACUCUGUUUGCUCGUCCAAUACUUGUCAGAAUGGAGGAAUGUGCAGACAAAUAGCUCCGACAAUGGCUGAAUGUCUGUGUUCCACGGGUUACACAACAUUAAGUUCAUGUUCCAGUAUUCGAUGCGAAUCAUAUCAAAUAUGCAGUGAACAAGCUUCUGGACCCGUAUGUACCUGUUCCGGAGGAAAAGUUGGAACGUUUUACAAUCCAUGUCUAACGCAAGCUGGCUAUUGUCAAAAUGGAGGCACUUGUGUAACAUCUAAUACUGAUCCUCCGGUUAUCACUUGUUUAUGCCGUCCUGGUUUUACGGCACCCAGAUGUUCUCCUCUUCAACUCGAUGUUUGCCAAUCAAAUCCAUGUCAAACACGAGGUUAUUGUGCACCAUCAGCUUCAAAUACUUCUUAUAAGUGCGUUUGUUCAUCAUUGUUUGCUGGUGACAAUUGUGAACGAAACAACCCCUGUGUAGGAUCACCUUGUUUAAAUAAUGCGAUUUGUCAACCAUCUUGGAAUACGUCACAAACAUGGUUCAAUUGUGUAUGUGUUGGAACAUAUACAGGAACAAGAUGUGAAACAUCAUUAUUAUAUCCUUGUGGUGGUUUAUGUAUGAAUGGUAGUCCUUGUGUGAACGGUGUUUGUCAGUGUAGUGCACAAUAUACUGGUGUUUUCUGUGCAUUUGAUAAUCCAUGUUUGCAUAGACCGUGUCGCAAUGAUGGUUAUUGUACAACAAAUUACAAUUCAAUAACAGCAUCAUUCACUUGUACAUGUUUAGCAUCUUUCACAGGAAUACUAUGCGAGACCUACGUAGCUCUAGCAGUGGGCACUAUCUGUAAUCCAUCAUGUCAAAAUAAUGCAGUAUGCGUUAAUGGUGCAUGUUUAUGCACAGCUGAUUAUCUUGGUCCCGUUUGUCAAUACCCUAAUCCGUGCAACUUUACAAAUCCAUGUUUAAACGGUGGAACAUGUUUUGGACAUUAUAGCAAUAAUAAUAAUAACAAUGGUACUGUCAGUACUCAGUGUUUCUGUCCCCAAGGUUAUACAGGAGUUUAUUGUGAAGCAGGAAAGACAGGAGAUAGGUGCCAAUAUGCAGACGUAUGUUCAUUUAAUCCAUGUAAAUCAAAUGAAAUCUGUCAACAAACUGGAAAUCAAUAUCAAUUUGAUGAUUUUGAAAUCUUGGCACUAGAAUCCCCUUUAACACAAUAUCAUCAAUUUGAAAUAAUUGACACAGCUGAACUGAAUAGUAAUUAUAAUGAAUCAUGCAGUAGUCGUCCGCAAGGAAAAGAGACACCGUCAGUGGCAAAAACCCAACGUGAACAAACUAUUGUAGCAACGUGUGGCAAUAGAAAACAUGUUCCCCAAACUGUUUCUCUAACUCCAGUUCAACCGAUUACUUUAACACAAGCAAGCUUGAAUAAAGUAAAAUUUUCGAUCGACAGUAGAACUGACACAAAAGACGCACAAAAAAAUAUUACAGAAAAAACAACGACGGAUCUGGUGCCGAACUCAAUGAAGCAUGAUAUCAUCAAGAAACCUGUUGAUGAGAAUAGGAACCUUCCGAAUAUCCCACAAUCAUCAACAUUAAUCAAGUCGAACAUUUCAGAUGUUGAACAAGUCAAAUCACCAUUGCUUUCAUUAAACAUAGGUUCAACAGAAAAAUUACCAUUAGCAUCUCUUCCAAGACGUGUCGGAGCUGCUGCUCAUAUACCAUACAGUAUGACAGAUGAUCUUGACAUUAGUUCAAUAAUUAAUCAAUCAAAGCACCAAACAAUGAAUCUACUAACAAUGCCAUCGAAUAAUUUAAUUGGUGAUAUUAAUAAUAGCAAUGAUGUUAUGAAACUAAUAAAAGAGGAACAGAAAACAAGAAAAUCAUCUUAUGUCAACUAUGAACAAAACGAUGAUAUCAAACAAUUAUUAAAUCAAAAAACUCAAACAAAUUUACUUCAACAUGCAGAAAAUGAACGAAAAGCUUUCUUAAAUACUGUCAAUGCGACUAAUUAUUGGUAA